AUGGCGACUACCUUACCCAACCGGCGACGUAUCUUCGCGACUGUUUUCCCACCCGUCCAGCUAGACGAUGCGAAGCCCAGACCAACGGCCCGAGAUGCGGAGCAAGCGACGGGGGAGCGGGCAUGGCUGGUAGCGACGAAGUUCUUGUCCAUCCCGGACCAGGGGUUCCGCGGGAUUGAGAACUAUGUGCCCAAGGCGCCGGGCAGGGAGCUGAACGAUGCGUUGGCGUAUUUGGCGGCCGGGGCUGCGGAUCGAGAGGAGUGGAGUAUCUAUGAAUGGUAUGGGAGUGAGAUGCGGAGACACUUUUAUAGGAAUUUCAAGGUUGGGCUUGUCAAGCUUCUGGAUCAGCCGAAUGGGCUACGCAAAAUCGUUUAUUGUCUGCAGUUGAUACGGAAGAUCUACUUUGCGCCUUUGAUGGAGUACCUCCUCCCGCUGCUGGGUGUGGUGGAGCAGGAGAAGGUGUUUGUCCAGCGGCGGAGGGGCUUUCACUUGAUGAUUGCUUACACUCUACCGUGGCAGCGUGUCUCGCCAUUGCUUACGAGAGAGUUGAUGACACAUGCUGUUACGAUACUGGGGAUUGAUACACUGGAGGAGGAGGAGGACGACGACAGCGCUGUUGAGGAGGAUGAGGAUAGCAUGGAGGUCGACCGACGGCACUCCGUUUCAUACCAGGCUUGGCGGGAUGAGCCCUCUGCAGAGGUUCGCAUGCAGAUGAUGACCGAAGGCGAGGAUACGCGCGUUACUGCUGCCCGUGAACGACUACUGUCGCUCUUCAAUGACCUUGAGCUUGUCGGACUGGGCGGGGUCAGGGCUCAGAAGGUCUUCGCGAGUGUGAUGAAUACCAUGAUGACGGAGUUUAUUCGGGCUGCGUAUUCCGGGCAGUGGGAGGGGCCAUCGAAAGUCUCACAACACCUCCGACACUGGGUAGAAAAUGUUUAUGCUCGGCUGGCUGUGCAGGUCUUAGCCAUCAUCAAUGUGCCCGAGUCUGGAACCAAAGAGGCUGACCGUCUGGACGUGAAACUCAGCGACGUGGAAAAGUGGCAGGAAAUUGGCCUUUCUCGACUGGGGGCACUUCGGACCGGGGAACUAUUUGAUAUUAUAGUCGAGUGGCCGGCGAGUAGUGGUGCGAUUGAUGAUUUGCGUCAUUUUACGGCACACCCAGCAGGACGAUUCCAGGCGACGCACUCUUUCUCCGCUGUGUUGGAUCACCGUCUUUUGCACCCGGGCGCUUCAACGGUUGAGAUAUUGCAGGUCUAUAUAUCGAUUAUCCGCGCAUUCAACCUGUUAGACCCGAAGGGUGUCCUUCUGGAUCGGAUCGCUCGACCCAUUCGCAGGUAUCUUCGAGAUCGACCUGACACAGUGAAGGUGAUCGUCGGGGGUCUUAUGGCCGACCCUGCCGAUGCCCACGGUCAGACGGGCUCUGGAGACACAUUGGUUGAAUUGUCCGCAGAAUUGACCAAGGCACACCAAACUUCUAUGAGGAGUGACCGAGGAGAGCUGGAUUGGGAUGAUAUGAACUGGAUGCCCGAUCCGGUCGACGCAGCACCUGACUACCGGAAAUCGAAGACCUCGGACGUCAUUGGUAGCUUGAUCAGUUUGUUCGAUUCGAAGGAGGCCUUUGUGAAGGAGAUGCAGAGAAUGCUCGCAGACCGGCUGCUCCAAAGGCGAACGGACUUUGAUCAGGAGAUGUCGGUGCUGGAACUCCUCAAGCUUCGCUUUGGUGACAAUGCUUUGCAGGCUUGUGAGGUCAUGAUGCGGGAUAUCUUUGAUUCGCGGCGGGUCGAUGCAGUGGUGAGAAACGACCAGGACCUAACCAGGAAACCUGCAGCGUCUACGCCGAGCUCGAACGACGAAGACAUCCCCGAGCUGCAUGCCAAGAUCUUGUCCCACUUCUUCUGGCCCGAAAUCCAAGAGCAGGACUUCAACGUGCCGGAGGAAAUUGCAGAGUUGCAGCAGCGUUAUGCGGACGGAUUCGCGUCGCUCAAGCAGUCCCGUAAGCUAACCUGGCUGAAUGGUCUGGGACAAGUCACGAUCGAGCUGGAUCUCGAGGACCGAGUGUUUGUGGACGAAGUAUCCACUUGGCAGGCGACCGUCAUCUAUGCAUUCAACUCGCCGUCCGGCGAUACGAUUAGCAAGAGCGCCAAUGAAUUGGCAGAGGAAUUGGACAUGUCGGUGGUGUUGGUGCGCAGCGCAUGUUUGUUCUGGGUCAGCAAACGCAUCCUGGCCGAGGUGCAGCGAGACACGUUCCGUGUGCUGGAGGUUCUACCGAAUGAGGAGGACGAGGCUGUCGGAGGCACUGGCGUAUCAGCCACGGACGAUAACGCAGGCGAUGCAUCGGCGGACAGUGCAGCAGCAGCCGAAGCGGCGGCGGCGGCCGCAGCGAAAGAAUCUGCAGAGGCGGCGGCGAUGGAGAAGAUGAACUUGUACUGGCAGUUUAUCAUGGGCAUGUUGACCAACCAAGGUGCCAUGCCGCUGCAACGCAUUGUGAUGAUGCUGAAGAUCGCCGUCCCGGGCGGGUUUCCGUUCAGCAACGAAGAACUACGGGAGUUUCUGGCGGGGAUGGUGGCCAAGGGAAAGCUCGAGAUCGUCAGCGGAGGCAACUACAAGAUCGUCCAAUAA